AUGGCCCCACCACCUCCUCCUAACUCGUCUGGGGCUCAAGCCACCAUCAGCUCCUUUUUCAAACCAAAACCCUCCACGUCAAAGGCAACCCCUCCCUCGGCACCAUCCACGUCAGCGUCGUCGGCGCCGUCGUCGUCGUCGUCCAGAAUCAGGCUCGCAGAUAAGAAUGACCUCUCACAGCGCCCUGCAAAGCUACCCCGCACCGUUGCCCCUCCAACCUCGGCACAUCCGCCGCCACCUCCUCCGUCCAACAGGAUGGACCAGUGGCGCUUCCUCCCCUCCCAGCCAUCCCAGCCUCAACCUGCGAGUCCAAGCACUGAGUCAUCACCCACCCAGGAUCUAGCCCGAGGCGGUCGCCGCAACAACGACAAGGGCACUCGCGCAGCGUUCAGAUCCAGGCUCCUCGCCGACGACCGCCUCUUUGCGCCCAGGAACCCUCCUUCGCCAGACGAGUCUCUCGAGACGUCGGCUCCCUCCCCGUCAGACUCUGCGGAUCCCGAGACCGGUCAUGACCCAUCCGCUGAUGACGACGUCGAAAACCGCUUCGCUGGCUUCAGCGCAACCUCCGCAGCUCAGUCCAGCGCACCCGCGUCCACGGCUCGGACCCCAACAUCCACAAAGCCAGCCAGCACUCGAAAGCAGAAGGCCGCCGCAGGAGCCGCACCGGCCGCUCGUGACACCGCCACAAAGUACACGCCCCUCGAGAAGCAGAUCCUCGACCUCAAGGACCAGCAUCCCGGCAUCCUCCUCAUCAUCGAGGUCGGCUACAAGCUCAAGUUCUACGGCGACGACGCCCGCAUCGCAAGCAGGGAGCUCAACAUCAUGUGCUUCCCCGAAAAGAACCUCAUGACGGCCAUGAUCCCCGUGCACCGCCUGCACAUCCACGUCAAGAAGCUCAUUGCCGCCGGCCACAAGGUCGGCGUCGUCCGCCAGGUCGAGACGCGCGCCCUCAAGGCGGCUUCCACAAACGCCAACACCCCCUUUACCCGCAAGCUCACCGCGCUCUACACGGCCAGCACCUGGAUCGACGACCUCUCGUACAACGACGCCGCAUCGUCAGAGGCCCUCGACCUCGGCGUCGCAAGGCCAAAGGCGCUCAUGGCUAUCGUCGAGAAGCUCGAGGGCGGCAACGGCCCCGAGGACCGGGUAUCGUGCGGUGUCGUCGCCGUCGAGGUCUCGACGGGAUCCAUCAUCUUCGACCAGUUCAGCGACGGCCAUGCCAGGAGCGAGCUCGAGACCAGGCUUGCUCACCUCCAGCCUGCCGAGCUGCUGCUGUCCCCCAAGCUCAGCCGCCCCACGGAGAAGAUGCUCGGCUACCUCGCAGGAGACGACUCCGUGCAGAAGAUCCGCAUCGAGCGCAUGGGCGAGCUACUCGAGUACAACGACGCCUUCCAGCGCGUCACCCGCUUCUACAACGGGACGGGGGAGGCGUCGAGCCCAGAAGCAGCGUCCGAGAGUGCGCUGCAGGGACCCUCGGCCUUCGAGGAUGCGCCCGACAGCGGCAAGCUUCUCAGCCUCGCCGUUUCUUUGCCGCACCUCGCGCUCGUGGCGCUUGCGUCGAUGAUCAAGCAUCUCGAGGAGUUUGGCCUCGAGUCCAUCUGCCGCCUCGCGACCAACUUCCAGUCGUUCACCAACCGCACCACGAUGAUGCUCAACGGCAACACGCUGGCCAACCUCGAGAUCUUCCGCAACUCGACCGACGGCGUGCGAGAAAAGGGCUCGCUGAUCUGGAUCCUCGAUCGAUGCAAGACCAUGAUGGGCAAACGCCUGCUGCGCAAGUGGACGGCCAGGCCUCUGACCGACCGGUCGGUGCUGACGACGCGCAUCGACGCCGUCCAGGCCAUCGCCGAGGGCGGGAGCGCCAUCGUGCGUGGCCUGCCGUCGCUCCUGCAGGGCCUCCCCGACCUCGAAAAGGGCCUGGCGAGGAUGACGUACGGCCGCAGCACGCCGACCGAGCUCGCCACCAUACUCCUGUCGAUGAACCGCAUCACGCAGGAGUACGCGCUCGUCGACGACCCGGCGGAGCUCAAGCUGGGCUCGGACCUCCUCAACAAUGCCGUCGCCGACCUGCCGCGCGGCAAGGCGCCCGUGCAAAAGUAUCUGCAACAGAUCAGCAUUAAAGAGGCGCGCGCCAACAACAAGGCCGACCUCUUCCUGGACCCGGAGCGGUGUCCGAAGCUGCAGCAGGCCAAGGACAACAUCGCCAUCGUCGAGCACGACCUGCGCGAGCACCUCAAGGAGCUGCGCAAGUACCUGAAGCGACCCUCGCUCGAGUACGCCACUGUGGCUGGGAUCGAGUACCUGGUCGAGGUGCGCACGAACGACGCGAAAAAGGUGCCCGCCGACUGGCUGCGCAUCUCGGCCACCAAGGCCAUGGUGCGCUUCCACACGCCGACGAUCAUCGCGCUGACCAAGAAACGCGACCAGCACAAGGAGACGCUGCAGGCCGAGGCCGAGGCGGCCUACCACGAGCUCGUCAGGACGAUCUGCAGCGAGCACUACGUCGAGCUGCGCAACGUGGUGGUGGCCCUCGCCACCCUCGACGCCCUCGUUUCACUGGCGGCCGUGGCGGCGCUCCCCGGCUACUGCCGGCCCGAGCUCGACGAUGGCGUGGCGGACGGCUGCAGGAUCGAGAUCAAGGGGAUGCGACACCCGAUGAUCGAGGCGCUCCGCGAAGAGCCCUACGUGCCCAACGACAUCUUGCUCGGCCCCGGGGAGGACAGCACCAAGGCGAUCCUGCUGACGGGGUCCAACAUGGGCGGCAAGUCGAGCGUGGUGCGCGCGUUGGCGCUCAACGUCAUCAUGACCCAGAUUGGCUCUUACAUCCCGGCCUCGUCUGCGCGGAUCAGCAUGCACGACUCGGUGUUCACGCGCAUGGGCGCCUCGGAUGACCUGGCCAAGGGACGAUCGACGUUUAUGCUCGAGCUGCUCGAGACGAGCACGAUCCUGCGCGCCGCGACGGCGCGGUCGCUCGUCAUCCUCGACGAGCUGGGGCGGGGCACGUCGACGACCGACGGGCUGGCCAUCGCGCACGCGGUGCUCGAGCACUUCCUCGCGCUCGAGGCGCGCGCGCCCAACCUCGUCUUUGUCACGCACUACUUCCAGCUGGGCUCUUCGGCGCGGCGCGGGCUGCGGAACCUGCACAUGUCCUUCAUCGAGGACGAUGCUACCGAGGCAGAGACGGGACACCGCGAGAUCCGGUUCCUGUACACGCUUCGGGCGGGUAUGGCCAGUCGGUCGUUUGGCGUGCACUGCGCGAGGCUCGCCGGCCUACCUGCCGAGCUGCUCGAUACGGCCCAGCGCAUCUCGGAGCGGCGUGAGAGCGAGGAAGACGAGAGGGUCACGAGGAAGAGGCGCAGGGAUGCCAUCGCCCUCGUUGGGCUGUGGAGGGGCGACGGCAUCACAGCCAAGGAGUUGGAGACCGUCGACCGCGCGGUACAGAGGUGGACGUCCUGA